UCUUACGGCAAAAUAGCGCGGUGUGUUUUCUACUGUCACUGCUUGCAAUGUGGUUCAAGAGAAAACCAUCUUAAAAUACACACUUUUAAACGGAGAUAUAAAAAGCGUCUCAUACAAAAAACAACUCUGUUCCUCAAAAAUGGGUGACGACGCCGACACUCCCACGGAGAGGGAAAUGAAGGACUUUCAGUUUCGUCAGAUGAAGAAGCUGAGAGUGUUUGACCCAGCUGAUGACAUGCCCAAAGAAAGAUCGAGCUUGUUGAUCGUCUCAAACAAGUUUGGUUUAACUUUUGUGGGGCUGAGCCGAACAUUUAAAGUGUACAUGACACGGGACAUCCUGAAUUCCAAUAAUGCUGAUGGCAACUCCAACGAAAUAAUUGAAGGGACCUCAACUCUGGCAGAGGUGACGGUCGAACUGAAUCUGCACCACUUGGCUCUCAGCUGUGAUGAACUGACGUUAUCUGUGUGCGGCGUUUGCGAUGAAGCCAAGUUGUCACUCACGUUCUAUGAUGUUCGGACCUUCAUGAAUAAGGCCAGGCCACAAAAGCUUCCUUUUGCAACACUUCAGCCAGCGGUUCCAUCAGGGACUCUGGUUCAAGACCUGAAGUGGAACCCAGCCCUGCCUGCGAUGUUGGCUGUCAGUCUGUCUGAUGGCGGCAUGAUGACUUUGGAAGUUACAGAUGGUGUUAAAGAGUGUGCUAAACUUCCUGCUUCAAGUGGCAUCACUUGUCUUUGUUGGAGUCCUAAAGGGAAACAGGUAGCUGCUGGUAAAAUGAAUGCUACAGUCAGCCAGUACACACCACUUUUAGAGGAGAAGAAAGUGAUCCAAUGUCCUGACUUUUACAACUCUGAAGAUCUUGUUAAAGUGCUUGAUGUGUUGUGGCUGAAGACAUUCGCGUUUGCUGUGGUUUAUGCUGCUGCAGACCGAUCACUGGAGACCCCACCAGAGCUGGUCUUUGUCUCGCUACCGAAAAAGGACGAGAAAGCGGAGACAAAGUACCUAAACUUCAGAGAGACUGUGUACGGUUCCUGUACAGACCGACAUCACCACUACUUCCUUAAUUACAUCGAGGACUGGGAUCUUGUUUUCGUGGCAUCGGCAGCCUCUAUCGAAGUUAGCGUCAUUGCCAGACAAGAUGAAAAGAUCUGGGAACUAUGGAACCUUGAAGAUUCCAGUCGGGCAGAGCUUCCAGUGUCCGAGUCAGAAGAAGACACCCUGCCACUGGGCUUAGCCAUUGACUUCACCAGCCAGCAAGAGAUCUAUAUCACUGACGAGAAGACGCUGCCUCCUGCACCCAUCCUGCUGAUGUUGUCCUCAGAGGGAUUGCUCUGUCCGUUCUCCCUCCUCAAUCUAAAUCCCGGUGCCAAACAGUUGAUUACGCCACCCACCGCCCUCAACCUGCCGGGGGAGAGACUGCCAAAGCCGGGUUCCUCAGUUACCCAGCCGCCCAAAACUGUUCCUUCGAUAUCGUCUGCUCCACCAGCUCAACUGAAAGGCGUCGGUCUUUUCUCUGCAGCUGCUUCAACUCCUGCAGCUGCUUCAACUCCUGCAGCAGCUGCUGCUUCCACAGCAUCCAUUGCCCCCUUUAGCUUUGCUUCCACAGCCCCUGCCACAUCAUUAUCAUCAGGCUUCACCUUUAGUAUUCCCACAACAGCUUCCACCUCAGCUCCCUCAGCUUUCUCACUUGGAGCGUCCGCACCUUUCGGUUCAGGAGCAUCAAGCUUUUCAUUUGCUAAACCCUCCUCAGAAACCCCGUCAGCCUUUUCUUUCAGCUCACCUUCCAUCAAACCUGCUGUGGCAGCCACACCAGCUUUGAAUUUAACACCUCAGAGUCUCCCUACUGCCUCUGUCCCAUCGGCCAAAUCCAAUCUGAACGACAGAUUGGCUGCCGUGGAGGCGCCAGCGUCAACCACACCUUCGUUCUCCUUCACUCCUGCUCUGACCAAAGCUGCAGUCCCCAAUUCAAGCAGUCUGAACACGUCUGCCCUCAGCACCACAAAGACACCGGCCCUUAUAGCACCAGUGCAUCCUGUUCAGACUAGCUCACCAGCUCCUGUCACCCAGAAGGCAGCGCCAGCUGUCCAGGCCCGUGUCCAGGCACCCCAAGCUGCUGCUGGCGUUAAGAGCUUAGAGAAGCAGAUUCAUCCAAAGAAAGAAACUGAUCCUAUUAUGACUGCAAUCAUGGAGGAGAUUUCACAUUUCCAGAAAGAAUUGGAUGAUCUUAAAGUGCGAAGUUCCAAAGCUGACUUCAAGAUUGGCACAAAUGAGCAGAUGAAAGCGUUGAGGAAAGAGUCUGAGGAACUUCAUAUUUUCACCCUGCAAAUCAAAGAAACGACUGAGUCUGUUCAUGGAGAUAUUGGGUCACUGAAGACCACCCUACUAGAGGGAUUUGCAGGAGCAGAAGAAGCCAAGGCCCAGAGUGAGCUUGGUCGAGAUAAAAACUACAGACAACUGUUAUACAAAAGACCCUUGGAUCCACGGAGCGAGGAGCAGCUUAAGGAGAUCCGCAGGCUGUAUCAGUACGUCAUGUUUGCGGUGGAGGACGUAAAUGAUGUUCUGGAUGUGGAGUGGGAAAAGCACUUGGAGAAGAAGAAGAAACAGAAACAUAUGGUUGUGCCUGGACGUGAGGGACUUUUCACAACACUGGCCAACAACCUGUACAUCAUUAACCAGCAGAAGAAUCGACUUGACAAACUGGUGAAAGAGCUCACUUUCCUGCGCCUCUACAACAAGACAACACCUCUAACAAUAGAUAAUGAGACAGCAACAGCAGCUGGUUUGGAAAGUGAGCUUGAGAGUUUAAGGGACGCUCUCCUGAAAGCAAAACUGGACACGUCACCCCAAAAACCCAGAUUGAAAUCUCCAGAAGUCAAAGUCACACCAGGAAAACAGUCCCAGUUGCGCAACUUCCUCUCUAAGGGACAGAUGCCUCCUGUCCGCUCCACUGCACCAGCCAACCUGUCCCGCUCAGCCUUCCUGUCCCCCAAAUAUGAUGAAGAUCUGGAUGAUGUGAGCUCUACCUCCUCUCUGUGUCAGAACUUGGAGCCUCAUAUUCCUCCAUUAGAAUUGGGGGAAGAGGAAGAGGAACUGCAGAACCAGCUUCCUCCCAUGAACAGCAUUCUCCCAUCACUAUCCACUCCCCGCCAUCCAGCUGUUGUGAGGACGCCAUCAAUCCAACCUGGUUUUGGUGCCAUCCAGUCCACUCCUUUAACGGCUAAGAUCCAAUCUCUAUCAGGGAUCACCUUCGCCAUGAGCCCCAUUGCUAGCCCUGUUCCCGCCAUCAGAGGCAACUUAAGCGGUGCUGAUAGCACUGCUCUGGCCACAAAGACGGUGAAACAUGGCGCCCCACCAAAUGACAGGUCCACCCCUGUCACAAUCACUGCCCAGCAGGCAGCAGCUACUGCAGCACUGCAGAGACACAUGGCCAAUCAGAAAUCAGCCUUGUUGACAGAAUCGGCUUUGAAGACAGUUCCUCAAGUGGUGAAUGUUAUAGACAUCAAAGAAAAAGGAACAGCAACUCUGCUUCCCAAUACAAACAGCUCCACUUCAUCUGAUCCCACGCCUAUAUUACAGCAGGCACUUGCUACGGCGAAACGAAAUUCAAACCAAGGCUUUCAGAACGUUUCCACAGACCCGUCAGCAGCCUCACAGCCAAGCUUUGUGUUUGGUCAGCCGCCCAAAACUGACAUGUCAGCCAUUUCCUCCAGUGCAACAGUGCAUGGCAACCAGCCCUUCUCCUUCCCAUCUGCGUUUUCAUCAGUUUCGCUCGGUGCUGGUGCCUCACAAGGGAAGGAAAAGACUGAAUUCACCUUCGGCAAUGGCAAAUUGGCCUUUGGUCAGAGUGAAGAUGAGCCUUUCUCAUUCGUGUCGAAGUCCAGCUCUUCCACUGUUGUCCCCGCGACCACUGCAAUUUCCUCGAAUGUUCCCGCCGAAGCUGCCAUACCAACCCCUAGCUCAUCUGCAUUUGAGCCUCAGCCCCCCAAAACAACUGGAGGAGAAACUCUUGGCAUUUUCUCUGGGGUUCGUGUGGGCCAAGGAGGGGAGGCCAAUAAUGUGCCAAUAAAACCUGCUGUUUCCUCGUUUGCCUUUGGUGACUUAAGUGUGGCAAAAGCAGCAUCUCAGUAUAGCUUCAAAUCAAUCUUAAAAGCUUCCCCAAAUCCCACAGGGACUGACCUGACCAAAGGAGACAGCAGCAGUCUAUUUAAACCUCCCAAUUCGAGUACCAAACUGUUGUUUUCAGUUCCAACUUCUACUCCUGCUGCCCCUGUUUUCAGUUUACCUGAUUCCGCUCCAGAAACCAAAUCGGCCAUUGACAAACCUCUCCUGGCAGAGCCGCCUGCUGAAAGUGUCAGUGAGGCUCCAGAAUCAGCGAAAGAAACUGCAGAGGCAGAGCCUACAGGCACAGCGGAAGCACCUGCACUGCCUUUGACCUCAACUGCCCCAAAGACUAGCAACCCUCCAUCCUCUAUUGCUGCGUCAGCUGACGCUCUUGCUGUGACGACUGCUGCUCCAUCAGUACAAGCAGACUCCACCACCACUGCCAAUACUGGGCCUGUCACUUCCACUGCUGCGACUCCUCCUGAAGUUGAAGUAUCACCAUUUCAGACUGCUGGCGGGGACAAGCCAGGUUCCAUUUUUACUCAGCCAUCACCUGCAGUUACGGACAGCAGUUCUCUGGCAAUCACACCCGUGAUCAACACUGUUGCUGCUGCUGCCACAACACCCACGAUAUCAGUGGCAAACAGCUCCGCAGCCACCACCAGUCUGUUUGGACAGCCUGCUGAAACUACAACUACAACCACAGCCCCUGCUGCUCAGGCAUCCACAGGAUUUACAGCUACUGGGUUUGGUGCUUCCACCGAAACAGGUUUUGGAAAGCCAGUAUUUGGCCAGGUCAGUGGUUUUGGCCAGCCCGCCACCAACAAUGGAUCAUCCAGUGGCUUCUCUUUUGGGCAAUCGGCAUUUGGAGUAAAUUCCAGCAGUGCUGCCACAACAGGAGGAGGUCUGUUUGGUGCUCCAACUGCAACCAAUGCCAGCUCCUUCUCAUUCGGCUCCACGAGUGCCAACACGGCCAGCAGCACCGGCACUGGGCUAUUUGGACAAAGCACUGCUCCUGGAUUUGGGCAGAGUUCUGGGUUUGGGCAAGGAGCAACGUUUGGGAGUAACACAGCCACAUCAUCUUCGGGAUUCGGCUUUGGACAACCUUCAGGUUUUGGCUGUUCUACUACAGCACCUGUGUUCGGGCAACAACCCAACACUGGGAGUGUAUUUGGACAGCCUCAGGCAUCAACUGGCGCUGGUCUUUUUGGUUCAAGUUCAGCCAAUCAAAGCAGCACCUCCACUGGUGGAGGCUUCUUCAGUGGUCUGGGAGGGAAACCGAGUGAUGAAGCUGCUAACAAGAAUCCAUUUGGGGCCACUUCCUCCACCGGAGGGUUUGGACAGUCUCCACUAACUGGCACCAACAGUUUGUUUGGGAAUCCCCCAGCCAAACCCAUGGGUUUUGGACAGUCAACGUUUGGGGAGCAAAAACCUACUGGGACCUUCAGUACUGGUGGGGCGAGUGUUGCAUCCCAGGGAUUUGGUUCAUUUUCUACACCGACAAAACCAGGAGGUUUUGGCAGUGCACCAGUGUUUGGCAGUCCUCCGGCUUUUGGUUCAAGUCCAUCAUUUGGUGCGUCAGCAUCCUUUGGGGCGAGCCCAUCUUUCAACACCAAUAUGGGUUCCUCCACUGGAAAAGUGUUUGGAGAGGGAACUGCAGCAUCCAACAUGGGAGGAUUUGGUUUUGGCUCUCCUUCGAGCACCACAUCCUUUGGCGCUCUGGCCAAUCAGAACGCUUCGACAUUUGGGGCAAUAGCACAGCAGGGUUCUGGUUUUGGAAGUCAACCUAACAGCUUUUCAGGAUUUGGUCAACAACAGCAAACUGGAGGCUUCUCUGGAAACACCUUUGGGUCUUCAAACCAAUUCGCUGGUUGGAGAUGUUAGUUUUACCUUCAAAGGCGACGUUUGAUCGCUUUCUACCAUCAGUCCACUUUUGGAAACUCUGGAAAAGUUUGGGACGCUGUGGACCCAGUCAGUUAUUCGGGGCAAUUUUUGUUUUUACUUUUUUCGUACAUUGAAGCGCUUUGUAAUUUACUGAAGGAGUGGAAAAAUAUUCUUAUGUCUAAGAUGUCAUUUUUGUUGUACUUCCAGGAUUUCCCAUUUGUCAUUUUAUCUGCUUCUCUCUUGAUCAUAUGGUGACAUUUAAAAACGUCAUAAAUACCAUCCUGCAACAAAGCCUGAGUUUCAGCAGUCUUGGUCUUCUGACCUGUAAUAAUCUGUUCAUUUUCAACCCAAUAUUUCAGAUGUAAAAAAGUUGGGCAUACAACGUGAUGGAAACUUCACGUUUGCUUGAAACCAUCGCCACCAACAAGAAAGUAUAUUUUUCCAAUAUUGUGUUGUAAGUUUUACAUGAAUAAAUGAGCUUAACUUGAACAUCUGUCCGAUUGAUUCAC